AUUGAGCUCCUCGUCGCAUUCCAUCGCAUUUCAUCUGUGUAGUCAAUCCCAAUAAUCCCUCCUCUUAGUAUUGAUUUCUCACUUUCUAUAAUCAAGGAUCUGCGGUAAUUGAUCGCAUUCUAGCCUCAAACAUCGAUAGAGUCCUCUCCAUUUAGCUAUCAAAUUUUAAAGCAAUGGCGGGCAAGUUUGAACCCAAGGUUCCUGUAAACCUGGAUCCUCCUAAGGACGACCCUAUCUCUCCCGAAGAGCUAGCAAAAGCAGACGGCACUGAGGGACAGAAGGCUUAUGUGGCAAUCAAAGGCAAGGUCUACGAUGUCAGUGCAAAUAAGGCAUACCGAGAGGGGGGCUCUUAUCAUGUCUUUGCCGGAAAGGAUGCCUCGCGUGCGUUAGCGAAGACAUCGACAAAACCAGAAGAUGUAAAGCCCGAAUGGCAGGAUCUGAAUGAAAAGGAAAAGCAAACCCUUGAUGACUGGAACACUUUCUUCUCGAAUCGUUAUAAUGUCGUUGGUGUUGUUCAAGGCGCAACAAACCUCGAGUAGGGCCAUCGGAAGACGCAAGAAUUCUCGAGGGGGUUCAGCACGAAGUUGUAGUAAUAGAGCGUCAACUAGCCUUUAUUUGACUGACUCAAUCCAACACGGGCACGUUUCUUUUGUGUUACAUUGACUAAUAUACCUACGAGAACUUUCUUAGAAGACAUCAAGCUCCUCCUUAUCUAGGAAUACGGUAAUGAUGCUAACUUCGGAGUGAAAGUAAUCAUUUACCUACCAGAGAUGUGUUCUAGACUCUUAAGCGCAGACUUGCGCCUGUCGCACGAAGGAAACGGUACUGUCUAGGUACCUACCUAGGUAGAAGAAGGGGUGGAGGCAGACACGACAUCUUGUGUAAAUUCAACAGCCCUAUUCUCUAGCAUUUUUGGCACCUUGUUAUUUCAGAUAAAAAGACAAAGGAAGCUAUGAAAUAAAGGCAAAUUACUGAGUUUUUCAUGUUGUUAUGAUCUGAUCC